CGGCCUCCCUCUCUUUCUCUCGCUCCUAACUCAAAACCCCGAUCAAGCUGCAUUUCGCGCGUCUUUGGUCUUUACUCUUUACCGAUUGUUCUUGCAUAAAGAAUUGGGAGAGGUUCACUUUCGUUCUCUCUCUUAACCUGGCAGUAGCCAUGGUUUCGCCUAAGCUUCUCCUCUCCACAGUGGAGUCGACAUUGCUCUCCUCCUCUUCUGCAACUUCGCUCCAGAGACUUGAGCUCAUGCACACCCUUCGCUCCUUCUCUUCUGCCCUUCAAUCCCUACUCUCCUACCCGGGUCCCAAGGCUUCAGAUCGAGCACAUGUUCUCUCUAAGGAAGUGAGACUUCCAGACGCAUCGAUCAUCACCCUCGAUGGCCAAGAUGUUCAAAUUGUUAUAAAGCUGAGUGAUGACCUGAACCUUAAUGAGAUCGAUUCUGUUGUUUUAUUGGUUUCUGCUCAUCAAGAGUGGGGUUUAUUUGGACGAGAGCCAUUGGAAAUAUUACGUCUUGCUGAAGGACUAUGGUACACUGAGCGAAGGGCUUUGCUAACAUCGCUAUACACACUUAUGCGGGCUGUUGUUCUGGAUCAGGGUCUUGACACUGAUCUGGCAAGUGACAUACUACAAUACUUGGAGGAUUUGUUAAAGUCAGGACUUCGACAACGUUUAAUAAACCUCCUCAAGGAACUCAAUCGGGAAGACCCAUCUGGCUUAGGUGGGCCUCAAGCAGAACAUUAUAUUCUUGAUUCAAGAGGUGCUCUUGUGGAGCGCAAAGCUGUUGUAUUAAGGGAGCGUCUAACUAUCAGCCAUUGUCUUGUCCUCUCUGUCCUCAUUCUUCGAAUAAAUCCAAAAGAUGCAAAGGAUAUAUUUGUGGCACUAAAAGAUAGUAUUGUUGAUUUAAAUGGUGGAGGGACUGUAACACUCCAGACUUCAUACAGUCUUUUCUUUGGGCUUGUCAUUUCUCUAACAUCAGAUGCCUUAAGCACUGUUCGUGAUAAAGUCUCUGCUCUAUCCAUAGAUGAUUCUUUCAGACACGAAUUUCAGGAUCUUGUAGUUGCUCCUGGAAUUGAUCCAAGCGUUGGGGGCUUUGUCGAUUCUAUAAGAUUUGCAUGGGCAGUUUAUCUGAUGAUAACAGUAGAAGGAAAAUAUACUUCUUCAGGUGUUUCUUCUGUGGCGAAUAUAUGCUCAUGUCUAGAACAUGCGUGCAUGAAGAAUGUUUUUCAGUUUUCACUGGAUAAAAUUGUUCAAACUCCAGCCUACCAGAACGACGAUGAGGACAUGAUCUACAUGUACAAUGCAUAUCUGCAUAAGCUUAUGAUGUGCUUUCUAUCCCAUCCAAUUGCAAGGGACAAGGUAAAGGAAAUGAAAGAGAAAGCCAUGAGUGCUUUGAGUCCAUACUCUAUCGGAAGAUCACAUGACCUUAGAAGUGAUGAAAAUUUAAAUCUGCAACAAGACAUUCAAACAGAGAGUGAACCAUUUAUUUCCCUUCUGGAGCUGGUUAGCGAGAUUUAUCAGAAAGAACCAGACCUGAUAGUUGGCAAUGAAGUUCUAUGGACCUUUGUAAACUUUGCUGGAGAGGGCCAUACCAGUUUUCAGACACUUGUGGCUUUUCUGAGAAUGCUCAGUACCUUGGGAUCAAAUGAGGAAGGUGCCAUACGGAUUUUCCAGUUACUACAGGGCAAAGCACUCCAUUCUAUAGGAUGGAAUACACUUUUUGACUGUCUAUCCGUUUAUGAACAAAAAUUCAAACAGUCCCUUCAGAGCACCGGAACAGUUUUGCCCGAGUUUCAAGAGGGUGAUGCAAAAGCACUGGUUGCAUACUUGGGGGUCCUCCAAAAGGUUGUUGAAAAUGGAAAUCCUGUGGAAAGAACAAAAUGGUUUCCGGAUAUUGAACCCUUAUUUAAGUUACUUGGUUACGAGAAUGUGCCUACUUAUUUGAAGGGUGCUUUGAGAAACGCCAUCUCUGCCUUCAUUGAAGUCUCUCCCGUUCUAAAAGACACUAUAUGGAAUUAUCUUGAACAAUAUGAUUUGCCCCUUGUUGUUGGACCCCCUCUUGUAGGAUACAGUUCUCAGCAGGUGCCUACACAGGUGUACGAUAUGCGGUAUGAGUUGAAUGAAGUGGAAGCUAGGAGCGAGCGAUACCCAUCUACUAUUUCAUUCCUUAAUUUGUUGAAUGCUCUUAUUGCAAAGGAAAGGGAUGUAAGUGACAGGGGUAGAAGGUUUGUGGGUAUCUUUAGGUUUGUCUAUGACCAUGUGUUUGGUCCUUUUCCUCAGCAAGCAUAUGCAGAUCCUAUGGAGAAGUGGCAGUUAGUUGUUGCCUGUCUUAGACAUUUUCAAAUGAUCCUGAAUAUAUAUGAUAUUGUGGAUGAGGAUAUUGAAAAUGUUGUUGAACAAUCUUCUCAAUUUCAUAAUGUGGGGCAGCCCUUGAGCUCACUUGAGACGCAAAUUCCUGUGAUAGAGUUGAUGAAAGAUUUUAUGAGCGGUAGAAUGGUCUUCCGUAAUAUAAUGAGCAUUGUUUCACAUGGGGUUAAUGGUCUCCUCACCGAUCGGACUGGUCAGAUAUAUGGUCAUUUUUUGGAAGAGGCUGUUCGUAUUUCAUUGGAAAUAAUUGUUCUGGUUUUUGCAAAGGAUUUGCGCCUUGCUGAUUAUUGGCGUCCUUUCUAUCAGCCACUGGAUGCUAUAUUAUCUCAAGACCGUAAUCAGAUUGUGGCGUUGCUGGAGUAUGUACGAUAUGAUUUUUGUCCCGAAAUUCAGAAAUGGUCCAUCAAAAUUAUGGGUAUUCUAAGUUCUCGUAUGGCUGGGCUCGUACCCCUACUCCUCGAAUCAAAUGCAUCAAACAAUUUAAUUGAGGAUUAUGCAGCAUGUUUGGAGAUGCGUGCUGAGGAGUGUCUGGUUACUGAUACCUUGAGUGAUGAUAUUGGUGUUAUGAUCUUGCAGCUCCUUAUCGAUAACAUAAGUCGACCAGCUCCAAAUCUGGCCCAUUUGCUGCUGAAGUAUGAUGUUGAUACAUCUGUGGAUCGGACUGUUUUACAGCCCAAAUAUCAUUACAGUUGCUUGAGGGUGAUUCUUGAUAUAUUGGAGAGGCUUCAAAAACCUGAUGCUAAUGCUUUACUCCAUGAAUUUGGCUUUCAGCUCCUUUAUGAGUUAUGUUUGGACCCAUUAACUGGUCGACCUACAAUGGAUCUACUCUGCGGCAAGAAGUAUCAAUUCUUUUUGAAGUAUUUGGGUACACUUGCUGCUGCUCCACUUCCAAAGAGGAAUGUUAAUCAGGCACUUCGAAUUAGUGAUCUCCAACAGAGGGCUUGGCUCUUAAAGCUUUUGGCCUUGGAAAUGCAUAUGGGUGAUGACAGCAUACCCACACAUCGGGAAUUAUGCCUGAGCUUGCUUAAUCAUUUGUUUAUUAGGGACACAAGAGAUUCUGAUGCUGUUGGUUCACUUCUACCAAUCACUUCUCAAAGGCAUACAGAAAAUGUUGUUUCGACGAGUAAUUUUAAUUCUAAGGUGUUGGAGAUCCUUGAUGUCAUCCAGUUUAGGUCUCCUGACACAGCUUUGCAAUUUUCUCAGUCUAUUUCGAAAUUGAGUCGUGAUAUGAAGGUAGAGGAUAUACUAGGGAGUCCUGCAACUACUGAGAAUGGUGGAGUAUAUUAUUAUUCUGAAAGAGGCGAUCGCUUGAUUGAUCUAGCUGCGUUCCGGGACAAGCUCUGGCAGAUGUGCAAUAAUCUAAGUCCUCAACAAGGCUCUCUUGGUGAAGAUAAACUAGCUGAGAUCAAGGAAUCCAUCCAGCAAUUAUUACGGUGGGGUUGGAAAUAUAAUAAAAAUCUUGAGGAACAAGCUGCUCAGCUUCAUAUGCUGAUUGGAUGGUCCCAAAUUGUUGAGGUGUCAAUAUCUAGGAGGCUGUUAUUUCUUGAAUAUCGUUCGCAAAUUUUGUUCGAUAUCCUUGAUGCCUCUUUGAGUUCAUCCGCUUCUCCAGACUGCUCAGUGAAAAUGGCUGUAAUUUUGAGCCAGGUUGCGCUUACAUGCAUGGCAAAACUACGGGAUGAGAGAUUCUUAUCUCCUGGAGGGGACAGUGCUGAUAACAUUACAUACCUUGAUAUCAUUUCAGUGACACAUUUAUCAAAUGGUGCUUGUCAUUCCAUACUUUUAAAGCUUAUCAUGGCAAUUCUCAGGCCUGAGUCAUCAGAGUUAUUAAGGAAACGGCAAUAUUCUUUACUUCUUAGUUACUUUCAAUAUUGUCGAAGCCUGCUCAAUCCAGAUGUCCCAGUCUCUAUAUUGUAUUCUUUGUUGGCUGAGGGACAGGAUGGUGGAGAGGAUGUGGACAUGCAGAAGAUUGACAAUGAUCAAACAGAACUGGACCAAACUAAUUUCUGUGUCUUGAAGAGGGAAGCAAAAGCUCUCUUAGAUGUGGUCACCAAGGAUGCAAUGCACGGUAGUGAAGUUGGGAAGGCUAUAUCAUUUUAUGUAUUGGAUACCUUUAUUACUGUUGAUCAGGAGCAUUUUUUCUUGACCCAACUGCAAAGUAGAGGGUUCCUAAGGGCUUCCUUAUCCUAUAUUGGCAGUUUUCCUGGCCAGGAAAAUUUGCUAUCUGUGGAUUAUUCGCAUCGGUCACAUACUCUGGAGGCAAAACUUGCUUUGCUUUUAAGAGUUGGUCACAACUACAAGAAACAGGGAUCACAAGUACUCUUAUCAAUGGGUAUUCUAGAGCACCUUACAUCAUGCAAGGCUUUGAACAUGCAAGUCAAGGCAGGCUUCAGGUGGGCUGAUUCAUCUAAGGUUGGCCCUGCAGAAAAGUAUAAGCAACCUAUAGUAACCUUGCCAGUGUUACGUUUGGUCUCGUGUUUGACCUCUUUGGUUGAUACAUCUGAUUUCCUUGAGGUGAGGAAUAAAAUUGUUCGUGAGGUCAUUGAUUUUAUUAAGGCACAUCAAUGGCUAUUUGAUCAGGUUCUUAGAGUAGAUAUCUCUCAAGCUGAUGAGCUGACAUUGGAACUAAUUGAUCUUAUUGUUUCUAUACUUAGCAAGGUUUGGCCCUAUGAAGAGCAAGAUGACUUGGGUUUUGUUCCUUCUCUGUUUGGUAUGAUGCGUGUUUUAUUUUCUCUAGAUGCGAAUCUUUUCAAUGUCCUCAACUCUAAAGCCACAGAAUUUAUAUUAUUCCGCCUGUGCUACAAUUUGGCCUCUUACUUAUAUUUCCUGGUCAUGAAGAAGUACUUGAAACUCCAGGUAUCUGACAGUUCUGGAAAUUAUCAUGAACUUGGUGGGAAUCUACAACCAACGUUGAUGUUGCUUGUUGGGCUUCUUAAUUUGGUUACCACGGCUCUUGGCAAAGCUGUUGAGGAGAAGUCCUUCUUGCUAGCCAAGAUUCAAGACAUAAAUGAACUACCGAGACAUGAGGUAGACGACAUUCUUGACGUUUACAAACGUCAGGACUCUGUAGCAGCAUCUGAUAAUAUUCGAAAGAGGAGGUACAUUGCCAUGGUUGAAAUGUGCAAGAGAGCCGGAAAUAGGGAUCGUCUUAUAAAGCUAUUGCUACAAAUUGUGGAGCGUGUGCUCGACAUUCUGUUUUCUCAUUUUCAAGAUAGGAAAAAUGGCCAAAUGCGUGUGGAUGGCAUCAGUGCUGGGUCAAAAGAAGAAGUCUCAGUUUUGUCUCAAAAGUUGAUGCCAACUUUAGAAAGACUUGAAGUACUAUCUGAGGAUAAGAUGAGGCAGAAUCUUAAGGUGUUUCAAAGACUAGUAAGCUCGCUAAAGGAAGCAAUCAUUCAGCAUCUGUCAUCUUGACCCAAAGGGUCCAAGGAGGUCUCUGAGUUUCUUGUGCUUGUCUGGUACUGUCGCUUUGCUGUGGGUCACUUUCAAUUUUUGUGUGUAAUCUUAUGUCCAAUGUUCACCUCUUUUGCUUGAUUUUUUGGGGCUGAAUCGGUUGUGUAUCUGAUGUUUAUUUAGUGGCAUAUUUAAUUUUCCUUGCAAUAGAAAUGUGAAGUAAAUCACAUUCACACUCGCGUCCCCCCUUUCUUUUCAGAAAAAUAUGGCAAGUUUAUUUUGUUAGUA